AUGGUCAACUUCCGGAACUUCACGGCCCUCGUUGCCGCCCUCGUCCCCUUCGGAGCCGCCGCUCCCGCUCCGGCCCCCCGUGACGAUCCCACCCCCGACGUCGCCGGCAAGUUCAUCGUCACCCUCAAGUCGGGCAUCUCGGCACGCGACCUGGACUCCCACCUGAGCUGGGUCGACGCCGUCCACAAGCGCAGCCUGGACCGCCGGGACACCACCGGCGUCGAGAAGAAGUUCAACGUCGGCAAGUUCAGCGGCUACUCCGGCCACUUUGACGAUGCCACCGUCGAGGAGCUGAGGAACAACCCGGACGUCGUCGAGGUCGAGCCCGAGCAGAUCUACACCCUCGAGGCCGUCACCACCCAGUCGGGCGCCACCUGGGGUCUCGGUUCCAUCUCGAGCAGGACGAGCGGCUCGACCACCUACCGCUACGACGACUCCGCCGGCGCGGGGACCUACGCCUACGUCGUCGACAGCGGCGUGAACACCGCCCACGUCGACUUUGAGGGCCGCGCCUCCCAGGGCUACAACGCCGCCGGCGGUGUCUUCUCCGACACCUUUGGCCACGGCACCCACGUCGCCGGCACCAUUGGCAGCAAGACCUACGGCGUCGCCAAGAAGACCAACCUGAUCGACGUCAAGGCCUUCAUCGGCCAGCUCUCUUCCACCUCCAUCAUUCUCGAUGCCUACCAGUGGGCUAUUAACGACAUCGUCAGCAAGGGUCGUACCAAGAACGCAGUUAUUAACUUGUCUAUUGGCGGUCCCACCUCGACCGCUCUCAACGGCCUCGUUGCCGCUGCCUUCGAGAGCGGCAUCCUCAGCAUCGUCGCCUCCGGCAACCUGAACCAGCCCGCAUCCUCGAGCUCUCCCGGCAGCGCCCCCGAGGCCCUGACCGUCGGCUCCAUCGACUCCUCCUGGGCCGAGCCCAUCUACUCCAACUACGGCGACGCCGUCGACAUCCUCGCCCCCGGCAGCAACGUCCUCUCGACCUACAUCGGCUCCAACACCGCCACCUUCGCCGACACCGGUACCUCCAUGGCCGCUCCCCACGUCGCCGGCCUGGCCGUGUACCUGAUCGCCCUCGAGGGCAGCUUCGACACCACUGCGGCUUUGAAGGCGCGCAUCUUGGCUCUCGGUACCAAGGGCGCCGUCACCACUCUGCGUGCCGGCACGCCCAACCUCAUUGCGUUCAAUGGUGUCCAAUAA